AUGUUUCACGGAGCUAACGACGACGGCGACGACGAGAACGACGAUGAUGACGACGUCGACGGCGACGAAGAGGACGAGAAGUAUAAAAGAGAAGUAAUUGAUCUUGAAAAGCAACAUGAGGUAAAAGAACAUCUAAGCAGUAUCAUGCUGUGGAUCGUGACACUCUUUAUUCAUAUUUUAUUAGUCGUUGCCAAACCGACCGAAAAUGAUGUGGUGGAUUAUAACACGACUGAUGCAGAAUUUUUGCGCAACAAUUGCGUUCUAUCCACGAAAUAUAAGUAUGGCGAUCUUAAAGAACCACAGCCAUUGAUUCUAACUCGAAAUGGUACUGCAUCGGUGAUACUUUAUCCAGACGUUAACGGUAUAUUAAAGAUGCAAGCGGGUCAAUCGAUUUAUUUGGCAUGCCCGGGAAAACAAAAUUCUCUAAGAAACAUGAACUACACCCAAGAAAUUACAAAAUCGUCGUGCUAUGGCAGGAAUACUCACUUCGAAAUUGGUUUUAAUCUGAGCACCGAUUUUCUGCGCAUGAUAGAACUGUGUCACAAUGAAAAAACUUACAAUACAUAUUACACGAAAUUCAGACUGACAAAAUUGAUUGGAGGACACCAGGCAGGUUAUCCCAGGCCGAAAUGGAAUGAUGGAGAUCAUUACGGAGAGAUAGAUAUUAACGAGCAAUACAAAUUCAGCGAGCAGCUUAUCACACUUGAAAAACUUUUGAAUUCGAGCAAAUUGGCCAAAUCUUAUCUAAUGAAGUCAAUUCAGUUCCUGUCUCGCGGACAUAUGGUGGCAAAGGUCGACUUCAUUUAUGGUGCUUUACAAUCGCUUACUUUUUGGACCAUAAACACGGCUCCUCAGUGGAUAUCUUUCAAUAUUGGUAACUGGAGAAAACUUGAGGAAUGCAUCAGAAACUUUGCCACUAAUCGUUCUUUGGAUCUAGAUGUUUACACGGGUGUACACGGUCAAAUGACCUUGCCCAAUGCUCGAGGCAAACAGAAAGAUAUAUAUCUCUACGUCAAUGAUAGGACUAAAGCCGUUCCUGUCCCCAAGUUUUUUUGGAAAAUAAUCUACGAUCCACGAAGCAAGAAGGGUACCGCGUUUGUUGGUUUGAAUAAUCCCUUUAUCAAGUCGAAAGAUGAUGGUGAUAACUACAUAUGCUCGGAUAUCAGUUCCACGAUCAAAUGGCUUAAGUGGAAUGCUGAAAAUACCACAAUGGGUAUCUCUUAUGCGUGUACCGUCGACGAUCUACGUAAAGCCGUACCGACCAUUCCUAAAUUUAAAACGAUAGGCGUUCUAACGUAAAAAUCGAUAGAAAUGAUUUUGAAAAAAAUUUAAAUACU